GAGUGAACGGCCAUUGAACAAAAAGAAGAAGAAGCAGAAGAAGAAUACAUUGGAAAAGGAAGUGUCCUGCCUUUACGGAUAAUAUUUCUCUUUUCCAGAUACGUAUGUUACUAGCUUGGGCGCCGACCUUCUUGAAUCUGAGCAGAUUGAGAAUGAACUAUUUUCUUGAAAGCAGCGGUGGCUGGGUUUUUCUCAGCUGGUUUGCUAUCACGAGCGCCUGACCGGACUCUCGCAAUAAAACGGCAGAACAACCAAAUCAGCCGCGUAUUAUUUGCCUUUCAAAACGCGUUAUAACGGGAAGUGAAGUUUUAAAGGCCUUGAUUCUUGAGUUAAUUUAACCGUAACCGUUUAACUGCUAUAAUUUAACCGUAAAGCCACAGUAUUUUAUUCUAGCAGCUAACCGCACGCGCUGUACAAUAAUAAAACCGAUAAAUAUCUCCAUGACAACGUGUGUGUUGUAGUACUGAGAGCAUCGACCGCAAUCUACCGUUACACAUCUGAGUCUGUAGCAUGUUUACUCGAAGCUGAAGGAGAUGUUUAUACAGCACAACCUGCUGACAGACAUUAGGUAGCUCACAACUGGAUGGCGACGCAUCGAGGUCCAGUAUGAAACACGACACAUCUGCGCUUCAGUAACCGUGGCUGGAGGUUCAGGAGAGCCUUCAUUAUGUACCAUAACUGUGUCAUCGUCCUGUCGAUCAUCUCCGCCUCUCGAGAUUGAUAUUUCCUGGCUUUUUAAAAACACUCGUGAUCCGCCAAGUGUUGCGCAAUGGCGGGUGUUGGUGUCAGCGUGCUGCCGCGGGGUCAGCUGCCGUCUGCAUCCUCCAACUCCUCGCCCACUGAUCCUGUUUCCCGGGGCUGCUCAAGCGGGGACUUUAUGGACUCCUUUGGCAUCUUCCUGCAGGGCCUGCUGGGAGUGGUGGCCUUCAGCACCCUUAUGUUGAAGCGCUUCAGGGAGCCCAAGCACGAACGGAGACCCUGGAGAAUCUGGUUUCUGGACACCUCCAAACAGGCCAUAGGGAUGCUGUUCAUUCACUUUGCCAAUGUCUACCUGUCUGACCUCACAGAGGAGGACCCAUGUUCACUAUACCUGAUCAACUUCCUUUUGGAUGCGACACUGGGCAUGCUGGUGAUCUAUGGCGGCGUGAAGGCCGUUAGUGCUGUGGUUGAAUGGAGACAGUGGGAUUCGCUUCGGUUUGGAGAGUAUGGUGAGCCGGUUCAGUGCAGUGCCUGGGUGGGUCAGUGUGCUCUCUACAUCCUCAUCAUAAUGUUUGAGAAGGUCAUGAUCAUGUUGGUCCUCCUUCUCCCACAGUGGAAGAAGCUGGCUACACUCAACCCCAUAACAGACCCUCAUCUGGAGCUAGCUAUCGUCAUGCUAAUCGUCCCGUUUUUCGUGAACGCUCUGAUGUUCUGGGUGGUAGAUAACUUCCUAAUGAAGAAGGGAAGAACAAAAGCCAAAUUGGAGGAGAGGGUAGCAGAAGAUGACCCUCGUGGCAGCAGCAAAGUGCGCUAUAGACGGGCAUUGUCACACGAUGACUCUGAAUCAGAAAUUCUGUUUUCUGCAGAUGACGAAAUGGAGGAUUCAGAUGGUGACGACGAUGUACGAAGACUCACAGGGCUCAAGCCUGUUAAGAAAAAGAAGCACCGGCUUGGUAUUCCAGUUUGAAUUCAAAUCAAUUUAGACUUGAGGUCUCUCUCAUUUACCUGAACAUGGAUCAGAAAGUGAGGGGCAUGGAGACUAACUCGAUCUAUGAUUUGUGGGGUAAAGGACCCAUGCUCCGGUAGACAUACACGAGAGAAGCCUCCGGACAUCACUAGAAUGAUUUUUUGCUACCCUAUGUCAAAGGGUAGAACAUAAUAUUUUCAGUCUGUCAAGGUUUUUGUGCACAUUCAUAAUUCUGUACUGCGUCUGCUUUGUCAUGCUUAAAGAAUGUGAUUCUCCAGUGGAUAUACAACACACUACAUCUCCUCGCAUCUGUCCAGCCUUUAAAACUGAACUAAGCAAUUCAAAUAACAUACUGAUGUUGUUCCACUGAAAUAAGUACCUUUUACCAUAUGCAUGUGAUUGAUCACACUGACUUGGACGAACGUUCAAGGUCACUCGAAGUCGGUUCCAAAGCGUGUUUGUGAGUGUAGCUGCUGCAGAAACUUUUUGUGCAUGUCAGCUGUGAGGAAAAUGUGCUGAUAAAGGUUACAGCAUAACACUGGUCAGCAGUGUUAUGAGAUAGCAUUCCAAUACAGUUAGUACAGUCUGCUUGCAAUCUGUGUUUUUAACCAUUUGGCAGCAGACGUUCAGAGAAGGUACGUAAAUCCAGGGAUGGCUUGUCUUACUGUUUGGCUUUUCAAAGUGUAUCUGCCUCAAUUCAGUGUCGCUGUGUUCUGAUUUUCCCUGUAUUUAUUUGUUAUUUUUGUUGUUGUUUGUAUGGGCUCUUAAAAGGACAGUUCACCCAAAAUUAAAAUUCAGUAAUUUACUCACCCUCAUGUCGUUCCAAACUUGUGUCUUUCAUUCUUCAGUAGACCAUUAAGAACAUUGAGGUCCCAAAAUCAUUGGACCCCACUGACUUCCAUUGUAUGGACCAAAAAAAGGCAUUUUUCAAAAUAGGAUUUGUUUCUCUCAGAAGAACAUGGAAAGUACAUGAUGCUUUUCAUUUUUGGGUGAACGGUCUGUAAACUUUCUUUCUGUUUUGCUACUCAUUGCAGGUUAGAUUCUGUGGUGCAAAUGCUUCUGUAACUUUUUGCACAGUUUGGUGUUACGUUGUGGUUUUGUAUGUUUUUAAGCAUUCCCCGUUGCCUCUAUAUACUCAGACACUGUCAAACUCUAAACACUAUACCAGCAGGCCUUUCUUCCAAAUGCUUUCUCAUCCACCUUCUCACUUUUCUGCUCUAUGGAGCAUUUGAUUUUAUUCCAACACUAAAGCACAGAUCCUUGGAGAAUGAUGCAUUUGCACCAUCCAUUCUCAGCAAAAAUCUUAAACCUGAGACUGCUUGUGUCAGAUUAGUAUUUGUAAUCUUUAUUCUGAAGAUGGAUAUAAUGUGAAGAGGAAGAUGCCUGUAGGUUUAGAGUUGGAGUGAUUGUAAUUGGGAAUACAGGACCAGUUGUUUUAUCAUUUGCAUUGUCAAACUGAUAUUUAAUGGACCAAGUUUGUGGGAGUACUUUUUGCACACGUUAGUGUUUUAGUUAGUAUGUGUUUAUGUUUUACAGGGAUGAACUGAAACCAGGCCUUCUGGUCAGGCCUGCUGAAUGAACAAGGUAACUGAUAAGGAUUUCGUCUAGGUUGAACUAUAACUGACUUUCCCUCUUCGGGUGUGAUUCUGACUAUUAUUACAGAGCAAUCUUGGUUACAGUUGGAAAAUGAAACUAAUUGGAUGUGGAGAGGGGUGUUAAGUACUAAACAAUAUUACAUGAUUAAGAAUUAGUGACAAAUUAUUAACUUAUGUAUGCUUUUUCAAUAAACAGUGUAAAAUUG